GAGGAAGUGUAGCGAUGAGGAACGGACAACAUCUCAGUCGAAAACACAGCCCUCGGACCGCCGUCCAAGCCGACCCGGGAGUCCGGAGGUGAGCGACGAGUCUGACGGCGUCGCCGUGGAGACGGGCGAGGCCGAUGGAGUCGGAGAGACGCCAACGGCUGACGGGGACGCCGGGGACGCCGGGGAUAUCCGACAACGGCGGCCGGCGAAACGAGCCGAGCCGGCGGCGGCGACCGGCGGGGCGGCGCCGAGACCGCGACCCAGAACGGCGUGUCCAUACGGGAGGAGCUGCUACAGGAAGAACCCGGUCCAUUUCCAGGAGUGCAGUCACCCCGGAGACACGGACUAUGAGGACGAGGACGAGGAGGAGGACGAGGACGAAGAGACGGACCGACCCGAGUGUCCCUACGGCACCGACUGCUACAGAUAUGGCUGCUGCAAACUAUCUGCCAUCUGAAGAUCAGUUUCUGUGCUCCAUCUGUCUGGAUGUGUUCACUGAUCCUGUCUCCACAUCAUGUGGACACAACUUCUGCAAAACCUGCAUCACUGAACACUGGGAUACUAAUGACCAGUACCUGUGUCCGCUGUGUAAAAAGGUUUUCAACACAAAACCUGAGCUGCAUGUCAACACUUUCAUCUCUGAGAUGGUCGCUCAGUUCAGACAGUCAGCUCAACAGAAAGCCAGCAGCAGCAGCUCAGAGCAACACGUGUCCAAACCAGGAAAAGUUCCCUGUGACGUCUGCACUGGAACCAAACUGAAGGCCCUGAAGUCCUGCCUGGUGUGUCUGGUCUCCUACUGUGAGACUCACCUGGAGCCUCAUCUGACCAUGUCAGGUCUGAAAAGACAUCAGCUGAUCGACCCUGUGGAGAACCUGGAAGGCAGGAUGUGUACGCAGCACGAUAAACCUCUGGAGCUGUUCUGUAAGACCGACCAGACAUGUGUCUGCAUGCUCUGCACUGUUUUAGACCACAAGACGCAUGAUGUUGUUCCUCUGAAAGAAGGAUAUGAAGAAAAGAAGGCAGAGCUGGAGGCUGAAAUCCAGCAGAUGAUCCAGAAGAGACAACUAAAGGUUCAGGAGAUCAAACACUCAGUGGAGCUCAGUGAGGAAGAUGCAGACAGAGAGAUAGCAGAAGGUGUUCAGGUCUUCACUUCUCUGAAGGAGUCUGUUGAGAGAGGCCUGAAUGAGCUCAUCAACACCAUCAAAGAGAAGCAGAAAACAAGAGAAAAACAGGCCGAAGCUUUCAUCACAGAGCUGGAACAGGAAAUCUCUGAGCUGAUGAAGAGAAGCACUGAGGUGGAGCAGCUCUCACGCUCUGAAGACCACCUCCAUCUUCUCAGGGGGGUCCAGUCCCUAAACACCAACCACCCUCCACCCACCAAGGACUGGACAGACAUCAGCGUCCGUCCAUCAUCAUAUGAGGGGACUGUGGUGAGAGCUGUGGCUCAGCUGGAGGAGACACUCAGUAAAGAGAUGAAGAAGCUGGUUGAGUCUGAGCUGAAGAGGGUCCAGCAAUAUGCAGUGAAUGUGACUCUUGAUCCUAAAACAGCACAUCCUCUACUCAUCCUAUCUCAUGGUAGGAAACAUGUCCGUGUUGGUGAUGUAAAGAAGAAUCUCCCAGACAACCCAGAGAGAUUUUCUGGUUGUGUUUAUGUUUUAGGAAAACAGAGUUUCUCUUCAGGCAGAUUUUACUUUGAGGUUCAAGUUAAAGGAAAUACUGAAUGGGAUCUAGGAGUGGCCAGAGAGUCGAUCAACAGGAAGGGACCAAUCACACUGAGCCCUGAGAAUGGUAACUGGACGAUAGUGUUGAGAAAUGAAAAUGAGUACGAAGCUGCCGCUUCCCCUUCAGUCCGUCUCUCUCUGAAGUGUCCUCCUCAGAAGGUGGGGGUGUUUGUGGACUAUGAGGAGGGUCUGGUCUCCUUUUAUGACGUAGAUGCUGCAGCUCUUAUCUACUCCUUUACUGGCUGCUCCUUCACUGAGAAACUCCUCCCAUUCUUCAGUCCCAGUGACAAUGAUGAUGGUAAAAACUCUGCCCCUCUGAUCAUCUCUCCUGUCAGAGUCAACUAAUCCCUUAACUUUGAUUUAUUCAUUUUUAUUUUGGGAGACAAAUGUUAAUAAUUAGUUCAGAUCUUAUUUUCUAUCUUUUUAAUGUAGUGAUUGAUUUACACUUCCUUGUUAAGAUUUGUUUUAUUAUGUAUUUUAUUACAUAGUCAACAAAUUCAUUUAAUGUAUUCACCUCUUCAACACUGCAUCAGAAUAUCUAUUUUGUAAAACCUUGGUUAAAUCCAGACAUUUAUUUUUAAUUUCCAGAAGAAAUCAGUUUCAAAAGACACUUUCAUGUAUGAGUAAGUCCGUAUUCACAGUAACUGCAGGUCUUUCCAUACAUAUUGAAUGGGGGUAGUGGUUUGCCGCAGGGAGGAGACGGAAAAACAAAAUUUUGAGAGUGACUCAACUUUUGGAGAAAUGCAACCCUGCAUCACGCUGCGGUGGCCGAACAUGUAACUGGAGAUCAGACUGGUCAGAGGGGUUUGAGGCGGAGGGAGAGUCUCGUACAGGAAACAGGAAACAUCACUGCCUCUAUCUCUGCCACAAGAACGUUUUACAACACCAAACACAAGAUCUGAACUGCCUGGGAGUUUGGGGAACAGCUGACUGUUUCCUGCAACAACAAAGCACUCGCUAUGUCUCGCUUGUCUCUUUUCUUUCUCCGGGAAAUAAAGCCGCCUUCAAGUUCAGUCGGAAAUGUCAAGAUCUAUAAACCAUCUGACAGAAAACAUUAAGUGUGACAUAUAAAGUGUACUUGUGCUACAUUGGGAAGUCACA